AUGAGCGUCAUUCUGUGUACUGCGGGUUACGACCAUACUAUCCGCUUCUGGGAAGCCCUCUCAGGCAUCUGCUCACGCACCAUCCCGCACCCCGACUCGCAAGUCAACCGGCUUUGCAUCUCCCCCGACAAGCGCUUCCUCGCCGCCGCCGGGCACCACACCGUGAAACUCUACGACAUCAAAUCCACGAACCCGAACGCAGUCCUCACCUUCGAUGGACACACGGCAAACAUUACAGGCGUGGCCUUCCACUGCGACGGCAAAUGGAUGGUCACGAGCUCCGAGGACGGCACGGUCAAGAUCUGGGACACGCGCAGCGGCGGCUUGCAAAGAAACUACACCCACGGCAUGCCGGUCAAUGACGUGGUUAUCCACCCGAACCAGGGCGAGCUGAUCAGCUGCGAUCGCGGUGGGAACGUUAGGGUCUGGGAUCUGGGCGAGAACAAAUGCUCGCAUCAGCUGAUUCCUGAGGACGACAUCUCGGUCGCCAGCGUUACUGUAGCCAGCGACGGAACGCUCCUGUGCGCGGGCAACAACGCUGGCAACGUCUACGUCUGGCGCAUGAUCCAAAACCGCGACAUCACCUCCCUCGUCCCCGUCUGCAAAUUCGUGGCCCACAACACCUACAUAACGCGCGUGCUCCUCUCCCCCGAUGUGCGGCACCUCGCCACCUGCUCCGCCGACCACACCGCGCGGAUCUGGUCCGUCGAUCCCGCCGCACCGCACAACGCCAGCAGCGCCGAGCUGCUGCCCGCCGAGCGGGACCCUGCGGCGUUUCCGCUAGAGACGACACUCCAUGGACACCAGAGGUGGGUGUGGGAUUGCGCGUUUAGCGCGGAUAGCGCGUAUCUGGUCACGGCGUGCUCGGACCAUUAUGCGCGACUGUGGGAAUUGAGCAGUAAGAGUAUUAUUAGGCAGUAUAAUGGGCAUCAUAGGGGGGCGGUGGCAGUGGCGUUGAACGAUACUGCGUUGAACUGA